GAUAGUUUUGUGAUGGCGCAACUUUGUUGUUGAUUUUUAAUAAAUAAUUAUACAGAUGUUAAGUAAUAUUUAACUUGAUAAUUAAUGUAAAACUAAAACUUGUCUGACCAUAUAAAGACACUUGCGCUGUUGUUAAAUUAUUACGAGUUUUAUUAACAUUGUAACGUAUCCUAAAAAGGAAUUUAAUCACAGAUCUUUAUUUUUUACACGCACACUGAUAUGCUCAAAGGUUGAUAAUCAAAUUUUGCACCAAUUGCGCUUAACUUUUUUUGAAAACAGUCAUAAUAAAAAAAUAUGAUGAAUGUUUUAAGACAUUUACGUUUUAAUAAAAUUUCUGGCACAAAAUCUUUUGCUAAUUAUGUGCAAGGACAAUCUCCAGCGCCUAAUAUACGAGAAUACUUUUAUUUCAUCAAUCAUCAAGGGAUGUUAUUUUUAGAUGAUGCUCGUAUAAAAAAUUUUACAUCAUGUUUUAAAGAAAAAAAAUUUCUCGCUUUUUUCUUUAAAAGGCUAAAGAUAAAUGAUUCGAACCGAUAUGCUAAUGAGUUUCCAUAUUUAUCAUUGUGUGGUAGAGAAAAAAAUUAUGUAAGCUGUGAUGAUUUGCCGAUUGUCUUUACUCAUGUAAUUAAAAAUAAAAACGAUGAUUAUUUUCUAAGUUACGGCUACGCUGAAGAUUCUCUCGUGGUACCUUUCCAUCCAAAUAAAAUAUUUAUGAAUAUUAAAACUGGUAGAGUUUAUCACCCAGGUCCAAUAACAGCAAAUGGAAUUGGACUAGUAAAAUCAAAGCUUGCUAUUGAAUUCAGUUCACGUUUUAAAUUUGAAAAUGGUGAAAAUCAAGGCCCUACACAUUUUAAUUGGGAAGAAACGCAAUAUAUUCUUGAUAAUCAAUGGUAUCAAGAUAAACUUCAUUUGUUGAAGAGUGAAAUUAACGACUAAUUUUUUAGAUAAAUAAAUCAUAAAAUUAUUUUUUAAAAUGUUACAAUAAACUAUCAAAAAAUUGA